AUGCCACGCAGGAGACAGAGAAAUCGUUAUGAUUUCCAGCGUAGUUUUGACAGUCUAAAGAAUUACUAUGGGUUUCCACUUUUUUCUAGACAUUCCCGCCAUCUAGUGUAUUCACUUGGCCUUACCCCUUACUCUCGGCGGAAUAUUCUCUCUGAGUAUCGCAUCAUUGGCUCAUCACGGGAGCAGGUUGUGUUGGAGGUCAUGCAAACUUACACCCCCACGGCACCAACGCAGCAAGUAUGCGACCGAUUUUUGGAGGUGGCCGCAUUACUUUCUCUCUACUAUGACGCCGUGGACGUGCUACAUCAGAUACCCAAGGGUUGA